AUAACAAUGUUUGGAUUUGGAAGUGUGAACACGAAGCACCAAAUGGUAAAUACCAACUAUAGGUACACAAUAGUAUAACAUUUCAAAUUUUAAAUUUGAACGCUUGGUUCGUAUCUAGCUAAUAUUUGAGACUUUCAUUUGUUAGCUAAUAGCUUAGGCUAAAGAACACUGUUUUAUUUUUGUGUCUGUACACAAUUUUAUUCUUAUGCGUCUGUGAAACUGUAUUGUCUGUAUUGCCAUUGAAUCAUGUCAAAACGACUGUCGAAUGAAAUCGAGAUUUCCGCCAAAGAUGGAGUUGAGAAAGAAAAACAACAACCAGACAAGAAACCUAAAUUAUCUUUUGGAAUGAUGAAAAAAACUCUUCCGGCAAAAUCCGGCAUCAAGAUAACUCUUAACAGCCCUGCCACUAAAGAACCACCUAUUCUACCAAAACCAGCAUCAAAGUCUGUCGCUGCAGUAUUUGGUGAUGUCAGCGAUGAGGAACCUGAAGAAAUGCCCAAAGAAGCUAGAAUGCGUAUGAGAAAUAUUGGUAGGGAUACUCCGACGUCAGCCGGACCCAAUUCAUUUGGCAAGACUAAGCACGGUUUUUGCAAUACUGGCAAACUUAUGGAAAAGACACUUAAAGAGGCUACAAACGCACUAAUUGAUGAUAAAAAAUAAUCAUUAUUUUUUUUCACAGUUACUGUGAAUGUUGUAUUUACAUUUUUUGCACAGAAUUAGUUUUAAAUAUUAAUUAAGAUAACCAUGACUGUGUAUUUAUAAAUAAUUAUUGAGAGGAUAUUUAUCCCUUAGUCCAAUCAAUUGACCCUUUUUUAUUCAUGAACUGUAAAGUGUAUAAAAUAUACAAGCAAUAAAUAUAACAUUUAAUGUUAAUAUAAAAUUUUUA